CUCGGGGUUUUUUUCUUUUCGGUCUCCGCAGUGGAUGGUGAAGUCCAAGGUGAUCAGCGAGCUGCAGGAGGCCUGCUGGGAGAUGAUGUCCUCCAUGGCCAGCGACAUCAUCCUGCUGCUGGACUCGGACAACGACGGCAUCCGCACGCACGCCAUCAAGUUCGUGGAGGGGCUGAUCGUGACGCUGUCGCCGCGCACGGCCGACUCCGACGUCCCCAAGCGGCACGAGAACGACGUCAGCCUGGAGCGCAUCCCGCGGGACCACCCCGUCAUCAAGUACAACGUGCUGUGGGAGGAGGGCAAGGCGGCGCUGGAGCAGCUGCUCAAGUUCAUGGUGCACCCGGCCAUCUCCAGCAUCAACCUGACGGCCGCGCUCGGCUCGCUGGCCACCAUCGCCCGCCAGCGGCCCAUGUUCAUGGCCGAGGUCAUCCAGGCCUACGAGACCCUCCAUGCCAACCUGCCUCCCACGCUGGCCAAGUCCCAGGUGAGCAGCGUGCGGAAGAACCUGAAGCUGCACCUGCUGAGCGUGCUGCGGCACCCGUCCUCGGGCGACUUCCAGCCGCAGAUCACCACGCUGCUGGUGGACCUGGGCACGCCGCAGGCCGAGAUCGCCCGCAGCAUGCCCAGCCCCCGCGAGGCCCGCAAGCGGCCCCGCGACGAGCCCGACGCCGCCCUCAAGAAGAUGAAGAUUGAGCCACCCCUGGGUGAGGAUGACGAGGACAAGGACCUGGAGGCGCCGGCGGUGGCCGUGGCCAAAGCGGCCGGAGCGGUCACUGUCCCCUCGGACACCGACAUCACGGCCGAGUUCCUGCAGCCGCUGCUGACCCCCGAGAACGUGGCCAACCUGGUGCUGAUCAGCAUGGUGUACCUGCCCGAGGCCAUGCCCGCCUCCUUCCAGGCCACCUACACGCCCGUGGAGUCGGCCGGCACCGAGGCGCAGAUCAAGCACCUGGCGCGGCUGAUGGCCACGCAGAUGACCGCAGCUGGCCUGGGGCCAGGCGUGGAGCAGACCAAGCUGCUGCGGGAGGAGCCCAAGGAGGAGAAGGUGGCCAAGCCGGACGCCGUGGUCAUCAAGCGGCGCCUGUCGGCGCUGGGCCAGGGCCAGGCCAUCGCCGUGCUGGGCGCCCACGGCUCGGCCGCGGGGCUGCCGGACGAGACCCCCCAGGCCAAGCGCCGGCCCGAGCCCAUCAUGCCGGCCACGCAGCCCCGGCUGGCGGGCGCCGGGGGCCGUAAGAAGGUGUUCCGCCUCAGCGACGUGCUGAAGCCGCUCAGCGAGGUGCAGGUGGAGAAGCUGAAGCUCGGCGCCGUGCGCCGCAUCCUGCGCUCCGAGAGGGCCGUGGCGGCCAGCGGGGCCGCCCAGGCCCGAGUGAAGAUCCUGGCCUCGCUGGUGACGCAGUUCGAGGUGCCCCUCAAGGGCGAGGUGCUGUCCUUCAUCCUGGACGACGUGCGGGGCCGCCUGGACCUGGCCUUCGCGUGGCUCUUCCAGGAGUACAACGCGCACCUGGCGCGCGGCGGCCCCGGCGGCCUGGAGCGCUACGACGAGUGCCUGAUCGGGCUGCUGGCCGGGCUGCAGGAGAAACCCGACCAGAAGGACGGGAUCUUCACCAAGGUGGUGCUGGAGGCGCCGCUGAUCACCGAGAGCGCCCUGGAGGUGAUCCGCAAGUACUGCGAGGACGAGGUGGGGACACCAGGGGGACACUGGGGGGACAUUGGGGGGGGACACAUGGAGAUGGCACACAAAGGUGACACGGCCAGGGUGGGUGGGGAGGUGGCACCUGGAGGUGACACCUGGAGGUGCCCGGGUGUCACCGGGCGCCGCAGUGACGCGCGGGCGGCGCAGGUGCGGCAGCAGGCGCUGCAGUUCAUCAAGCGCAUGUACGAGAAGGAGCAGCUGCGCGAGUACGUGGAGAAGUUCGCCCUCAACUACCUGCAGCUGCUGGUGCACCCCAACCCGCCCUCCGUGCUCUUCGGCGCCGACAAGGACACCGGUGAGGGCCCCGCGAUCCCGGGGGUCCGGAACGUUCCAGGGGGUCCAAAAUGUUCCGUGGGAAUCGCGGAUGUUCUGUGUGGAAUUCAAAAUGUUCC